UUGAUGUACGCGCGCUAGGUAAGUGAGUACUUCUGUCUGCAGAGAGUAGAAUCUUGAGCUGAAAGGAGCAGGUGAACAGAAUGUAUUAUACUAUUCUUGCGAUUCUUCUAAUCACCAAGGGUGCACAAGCCAUUCUAUGGGAGAAAGAGGAAGAAAUCAAUUCCACUGAUCGACACCUUGUGUUGUUAAGCGGCGAGGGAGACGCUUUACCCAAGAGAGGAAUUACCAACAAUGCCACGCUUUUGUGGCCUAACGCGACCGUUUUUUACACCUUUAACGAAACUAUGGAUCAAACCAUUAGAGAUCUUGUGCAAAAAGGCAUAGAAAUGUGGGAAAAUAAAACCUGUUUGAGAUUUAAGUUGAGAACGAAUGAAACAGAUUUCAUAAUGGUUACCUUUGGAGAAAAUUGCGAGUCCGAAACAGUUGGUCGCAAGGGAGGAGAACAGUUCGUGAAGGUGGGGACACCAGACACAUUCUGGUGUUCUGAUUAUGAAAUAGCACACGAAUUUGGACAUACAAUUGGAUUCUAUCAUGAACAUGUACGACCGGACAGAGAUGAAUAUGUGAAAGUCUGCUAUGACAAUAUAAUUAUGGAAAAAAAAUAUAUAGAGCCUAAUUUUGGGAAAAAACAAGAUAUUGAUUCGAGAAACUCGCCCUACGAUUAUUACACCUUCAUGCAUUACGUUCGGUAUGGGGCCGGCGGCUCAAAGCGAACCGAAAGCGGAAAUCUUCUUCCGAUGUUUGUACCUUUAAAGAAAGGACCCGAUGGAAAGGAGCCCAUAAUGGGUGACGCUGAGGAUCUGACUGAUCUGGAUGUUCAUCAAGCUAACAUUCUUUAUGGAUGUCAAGGAAYGAAUUAACGCUUGAAGAUCAUAGACAGAUCAAGAAAAACCAAAGACCUCUGUUGACAAUACAUCAUGGAAAAGAUAUAAAAGACUGAAGUAAACAUUAAAAGAUAAAUUGAAGCGUAA